AUGAAUUCAACUUUGGAUGAGCUACAUAAAGUAACAUCCAUAGAUAGUGGUGAUGAUAGUGGAAACAACAAUUUAAAUUCAAGAUCAUCAUUUGAUAAUCCAGGAUUAUUAAAAAAAAUUUCGUCACCGAUUAUAUCUGAUUUACCCAACAUUUUCAGUAAUUUAAGAUCUAAUGAAGAAAUUAAAUCAAAUGGAUCAAGUAAUGGUAAAAGUUUUUUGAAAAAGAUUAUAAGUGGUAAUAGUAGAUCAAACGAUAAUUUAAAUGAAGUACCAAAUGGACAAUAUUCUGAAUUAGAUAGACUUAUAAACUCAACUAACCCUAGUGGUGAAGAUGUUUUGGAAUUACAUCCUGAUAUUUCAAAAUCAAUUGGUCAUGUUAAAAUUCCUCAUAUAUUCGAUACAGAAGGUAUGCCAUUGUUGAAAAUAUCACAUAAAUCUAAAAAGAGAAUUCUACUUUAUAUUGAUCCUACUAAAUUUAUAUUCAGUUGGAAAUUAGCAGCUACUACAAUGUUACAAAGUAGUAGAAUCUCAUCACAAAGAAUUCAUGAAUUUACACUAGAUGAUAUUAAACUUUUUUAUACUCAACAACAAGGUUCAAAUUAUAGAGAAGAAUUAAGAAUCUCCAAAGAGUUUGAAAAUAAAUGGAUGACUGUUAUAUAUUACAACCAAAAAAAGGGCAAUUUAAAGAUGCUACAUCUAAUAGCUGAUACUGAACAUGAUUUCAAAAAAUUGAGUUCAACUAUCAUGAAUUUGAAAGAGUUGAGAUAUCAUCUAGCUAAAGAUUUUUUAGUUGAUUUGAAAGAUUUAAAUGAAGCUCAUAUUAAAUUGAUUUUGAAUCGAGAUGAAUCUCAAAAGCAAAUUCGGGAAUCAUUAACUUUUAAUGAUAUUUUAAAGUAUGCCAAGAGAUUAAAUAUAAAUAUUAAUAAAAAGUAUUUGGAGUCAAUAUAUAAUCAAGUAUGUGAAUCAGAUGCAGGUUUAAAUUUUGAUCUAUUCAAGACGUUUGUUUCUAUACUAAAACAAAGAGAUGAUUUACAUCAAAUUUGGAAAAUUCAAUCAGAUUCAAAUCCUAAUGGGAUCACUUUUAACAAUUUUAAGUAUUUUUAUAAAAAAAUACAACAUGAAACUGGAGAUGAAGAUACAAUGCAAUUGAUAUUUGACAGAUUUCAAGUAGGUGGAUAUUGGUCGAUCGAUGAAUUGAAUAACUAUUUAUUGUCAAGUUUUUGUAAUCCAAUUAUAAAUGUUGAAUCCGAAAAUUAUUUUACUUACCCACUAACUGAUUACUUUAUAUCAUCAUCACAUAACACUUAUUUAACGGGAAGACAAGUUGUUGGUGAUUCCUCGAUUGAUGGAUAUGUUAGAGCUUUACAAAGAGGGUGUAGAUGUAUUGAAAUUGACGUAUGGGAUGGACCAGAUGAGGAAAUUGGUGAAGAAUCAGAACCUGUUGUUAAUCAUGGUAGAACGUUUACAAGAUCAAUAAAGUUCUCAAAUGUCAUUAAAACGAUUCAAAAAUUUGCAUUUAUUACAACUCCAUAUCCAUUAAUUAUAAGUUUAGAAAUUAAUUGCUCUUCAUCAUAUCAAUUAAAAGUGGUUUCCAUUUUGAAAGAAACUUUGGGAACAAGUAUGAUAACUUCACCAGUAAAUAAUCAAUCUAUAUUGCCAUCACCUGAGGAAAUGAAACAUAAAUUUUUGAUAAAAGCUAAAAAGACAAGUCCAUUUAGUAAUUUAAUUGAAACAGAAGGUGGAAGUUAUACUACUUCUACUACAUCCACCACAACUUCAUUCAGUGAAGAUAAUGGAUCUUCAAAAUCAAGUACAAAUUCAGCUUUUAGUUUCAAGAAAAAAUCAAAAGUUCCUAAAAUAAUAGAUCAAUUAAGUGAUUUAGGAAUAUAUAUUCAAGGUAUAAAAUUUAGAAAUUUUUCAUUACCAGAAUCUAAGAUAUACAAUCAUUGUUUUUCAUUAAGUGAAAAAACAGUAGAUAAAAUGUUAAAAGAUGAAGUUAAAAAAACAUCAUUAGAUAAACAUAAUAGAAAAUAUUUUGUAAGAGUUUACCCAUCAAAAAUGAGAUUAAAGUCAACAAAUUUUAAUCCUAUAAUUUACUGGGAACAUGGUGUUCAAAUGGUUGCAACAAAUUGGCAAACUUAUGACUUAGGUCAACAAUUGAAUGAAGCUAUGUUUGAAGGUGUUAAUAAGAAUGGGUAUGUUUUGAAACCUCCAGAGUUACGUAAACCAAUUAUAAAAAGUUCUAAAUUUUACAAAUUAUUGAAACCUGAACAUGACAAAAUUAAAUUUAAUUUUACUAUUAUUAGUGCUCAUCAAUUACCCAAACCCAAAGAUGUUUUAGAUGAUAUUAUAAAUCCUUUUGUUUCAUUUGAAAUUAUUGGUGUUGAUUCAAUAAAAUGGGAUUCUCCAUCUAUGUCACAACAAACUACAUCACUUGUAUUAGAUAAUGGAUUUAACCCAAUUUGGAAUGAAAAAUUUAGUGGAAUUAUAAAUGGAUCAAAAGAUUUUGUGUUUGUGAAAUUUAUUGUAAAUUCUGUUGUAUCAGAUAAAUCAGAAAUUCAACCAUUAGCACUUUUAGUUAUAAAAUUAAACUAUUUAAAGCAAGGUUAUAGAUAUUUAUUUCUCAAUGAUUUAUUUGGAGAACAAUUGGUAUAUUCUUCAUUAUUUGUUAAAAUAUCUUAUGAAUUUGUAUAA